UUAAAAUUUUAAAACAAAAUUUAUUUUGAAACAAAAAAUUUAAACUACGACAACUGAACUGAAAAUUGAAAGAAUAAUAAAUAAAUUUAUAAUACAGACCAUUUUGUUAGUUUUGUUCAUCUGUGAAGUGUUUGUUUUUUUUUGGUUGAUUUUUGUCGGUGUGAAGUGUUUGAACAACCAUAUGUUUUAACAUCUUUGUUCAACCACAUGAUUAAAUAAUCUCCUAAAAUACUUGGAUUCUAAAUUGUCUAUCUGAAAAUUACCAAUUAUUACCUAAAAAGUUGAUGGCAUUGAUUUUCAACCAAAAAGUCUUUGGUCCGGUCCCAUCUUCCGUCCUUGUCUUCUUUUUGGCAUCACACCAUCUCCUUACAGUGUUAGACUUGCAUAUCAAAGCAAAAAUGUAAGGCCAUAUCAGUUCAGACAAGUAAUCGCUCUGAAAUCUUGAAAACUUUCUUUGUCAACCUCACCUUUCUUUUUUAUAUUUCCCCUAUCUUGUUUUCGCUAAGUCUAAUUCUGGUUAAUUUUGUCAGCUUCAUUUCUCGAACUAGCAGUCAUUUCAAUUAUCAACAACCUCAGACUAGGCUUCAACUAUUAAUGCAAUUUCGGGAUUAUAUUAUUAUAUGGUUUGAUCACUUUGAUGUAUGGCAAGUGCAUUAUAAUGCACCAAAAUUUUGAUUUUUACAACAAACAUUAUACGGUUGGGCCCAAAAAUAUUUAGGGAACAUGUUGGUAGUGUAUUUGCAGCGAUAUUGGAUCAUUGUGUUUUUAUGCUGCUCGUAUCCGGUUUGUAGUUUUUUUUUUUUUUUUUUGACCAAUGGCUUUAUCCGGUUUGUAGUUUGUAAACCGAAACCUAAGCAAUGGUGUAGUUGGUGAGAAAUAUGCAUGCUCACGUCUCCUUUAUUCUUCUCUGGUUUUGCAACAAUUAAUUUAUAAACGUGAAGUGACCUACUCUGUACUGAAUAAUAAACUCUUACUUAAAGACGAAUAAAAAUCAAGAUAAAAAGGAGUUGUUAGAUAGAUCCGUCACAAGGGCCAGUGUGUGCUCGCAUGGCAUAUAAAACGAGGGAAAUUGAGUUGUUUAUAUAAGCCAAGGAUAUGGUACACAUUAGAGUUAAAAUGAAAUAAAAGAAUAAAAUGUUUAAGUAAUUGACUCAGAGUGAAUCAUUUGAGCGUUUAUAGCUACUGCGUUUUGAAUAACGAGAUUGGAUGUCUUUUUAAAGCAUCCAUAUUGGUAGUUUUCACUAGAGACAAAGUUUCUCAAUAAGUCGAAAUGACUUUAAAUUUUAUAUUAAACACUCAUUUAUCACCGAUUAGUUUCAAGUUAGAAAUCAAACUAACUUAAUAAGUAAUAUAGUGUUAAAAUUUAGUUCAUACAGCUCAAUGUAAUCUAUGUGGCUCAAAGUUGGUCCAUUCCAAAUAUUCCAAGAUUGAUGUUCAAAAUCUCGAAUAACCGUAUUAAAGACAAAAUCUCCCACAUCGAUCCGGUUUAAAAUUGUCCAUCGGUCAUUGUUCGAAUAUUCAAACAUUGAUGCUCAAAAAACCAUCAUCUUGAAGAGAUGUAUUAGAAGAGAUGUGUUAGAGACAAAGUCUUCCGCAUCAGAAAUUUUGAAGAGAUCUCAACUAAUAUAUAAUCAAUUCAUUUAUCACCAAUUGUUUUUAAGUUAGAAAUCUAUUAGAUUUAUAGUUUUUUUAUAAAAAAAAUUAUCAAAAAAUGAUAAUAAACAACUAUAUUUUUUGUUCUAGAAAAAUGAAAAGUGGAGAAACUGUCACAAGAGUUUUUUUUUUAUUUAAAAACUCUUAGUAAAUGGUAAGAGAUUUUUAUCCCAUUUGUCAUCUUUUUAUUUAUAAAAUAAAAUCCACUAUCAAUUUCUAAAUAUAUAAUUAAAAUUUUAAAAAAUCAUUAAUAUUUUCUGUUGAGAAAUCUAUUUCGAAAAUCACCAAUGAUAUUUUCAACAUAUACACUAAAGGAAUGAGAAUAUUUUAAAAACAGCAUUUCAAUAGAACCCAAAAUUAAAACAGAAGAAUAAAACUUUUUUAACUUUUUACAUCUCGACUCUUCUUUUCCACGUUUUAUUAUAAGCAUUUUCAGUGUUUGCAUAUGUAUUUAUUAUAUCAAAUGGAGGCCUCAUGUAUUACAGGGCACCUUAUUGAUUACAUAUCUACUCUCAUCUACUCUUUUAUUCAACUUAGAUUUUUUCAGAAGAUAGGCAAUGGGAGAGAGAGACGACGAAGCAGAAGGUGUAGGGAUGGCGAUGAUUCCUCUACUAAGGGAUCAACAUGAAGUGGAGAAAGACGGAGAUAUAAUGGUGGAGACGAGGAAGCUAUGGCGUAUCGUUGGACCAGCCAUAUUCACCAGAAUCGCAACCUACUUGAUCCUUGUUAUCACUCAGGCCUUUGCCGGCCACCUCGGCGAGCUCGAACUCGCCGCCAUCUCCAUCAUCAGCAACGUCAUCGUCGGCUUCAACUUCGGCCUCCUCCUUGGAAUGGCGAGUGCGUUGGAAACGCUAUGCGGUCAAGCGUUUGGAGCGAAAAAAUAUGACAUGUUAGGAGUGUAUUUGCAGCGAUCUUGGAUUGUUCUCUUUUUGUGGUCCAUCUUGCUACUCCCUAUGUACUUCUUUGCAACUCCGAUUCUUAAGUACUUUGGCCAGCCUGACGACAUCGCUGAGCUCUCCGGUACUGUGGCGCUUUGGGUUAUUCCUGUCCAUUUUUCAUUUGCCUUCUUUUUCCCUCUCAACCGGUUCCUCCAAUGCCAGCUUAAGAAUAUGGUGAUUGCGAUUUCGGCUGGAGUGGCACUUGUAGUUCACAUAUUUGUGUGCUGGCUUUUUGUAUACGGUCUUAAACUUGGAGUCAUAGGGACCAUGGCUACUGUUAAUGUGUCAUGGUGGCUCAACGUCUUCAUCUUAUUUACUUACGCCACUUGUGGCGGUUGUCCACUCACUUGGACUGGUUUCUCCAUUGAAGCUUUUACCGGGCUUUGGGAAUUUGCUAAGCUUUCUGCCUCCUCCGGGAUCAUGCUUUGCUUGGAGAGUUGGUAUUAUAAGAUUUUAAUUCUGAUGACUGGAAAUCUGAAAGAUGCAAAAAUCGCUGUCGACUCUCUGUCUAUAUGCAUGGCGAUAAAUGGAUUGGAGAUGAUGAUUCCACUUGCUUUCCUCGCCGCGACAGGCGUACGAGUGGCGAAUGAAUUAGGAGCAGGCAAUGGAAGAAGAGCAAGAUUUGCAGUGAUCAUAUCAGUGACAGAAUCGUUCAUCAUUGGUUUAAUAUUUUCGGUUCUUGUAGUAUUUCUUCAUGAUCAAAUCGGUUGGAUAUUCUCUUCAAGUGAAACCGUUAUAAAAGCAGUCACUGAUCUCUCUGUCCUUUUAGCCUUUACAAUUCUUCUUAACAGUGUCCAACCGGUUCUUUCUGGUGUUGCGAUUGGUUCGGGUUGGCAAUCAUUCGUGGCAUAUAUAAAUUUGGGAUGCUAUUAUUUCAUCGGUCUUCCACUUGGAUUUGUCAUGGGAUGGAUUUUCAAGUCUGGUGUCAAGGGCAUUUGGGCUGGUAUGAUAUUCGGAGGAACCGCAAUGCAGACAUUGAUAUUGAUUUUUAUUGUUAUGAGAUGUGACUGGGAAAAAGAGGCACAAAAAGCAAGCGUGCGCGUUAACAAAUGGUAGAUCUCAAAUUCAGAGGCAAGACACUGAAGAUUGUAUAAUUUGUAUACAGUUGUAAAAUAAAUACAUAUUUGGAGCAUAUAUUCCAAAACAGGAAGUUCAUCUUUUGAUAUAUAGAUGUACUAGGGAAGUAAUCCGGAAAAGACGAAUAGUCCGAUAAAAUCCAAAUCCGAAGAGUUGACGGACAUUUAAAAAGAAGAUGAUUAAUCGAUUCCACUAGACCAGUACAUCUAAGAUAACUUCUAUCAAUACCCAAAUGUCUAUACAUGAGCCUCUCUGGCGGCCACACAGCCUGAGAUUUGAUGAUAAAUUUUGAUAAAUCUAAACAUAUUAUAGACAAGUUUGAACGGACAUGAAGGAGAAUAUGAUGAUUUGUAAAACCACUUGGAGAAAGUUGUAAAUUUAUAAUAACAUUUUAAAAGGAGGAUGAAAUUAUGAUUAGAUUUUUCAUUACUUCGUAAGAAUGAAGCGAAACAGCUUUAUAUAGAAUAAUGAACUUUAUACAUGAUGGAAUAAUAUAAAGGUAGAAAACUAAGUUGUUGAAUCCAUGACAUUAAGCAAUGUGGACGUUAGUUACAUAUAAACGUUGGAAAUGAAGUUGUUGAUCAAACACAAAGAUGCAUAUAUAUGGCUUAUGAAAAAGAUAAUUAAAAUUGUCUAAAUAUUCGUAUUUCCACUACUUUGUGGUUUCAAAUCACAUUAGCUGAUUAGAGAAUGUUAAAAGACCAUAGAAUAUAUGUCAAAAAGAAGAAGACCAUAGAAUAUGUGGGAUUAGUGUAGAACCGAACCUAAUCAAGACGAUACGCAACAAACAGAAUAAAAAUCGAAUGUGGACUAUAAUGAAUCGCAAGUAGUCGUGUAAGGCACUAUUUCAGAUUUAUUUG